CGAAAACAGCAAAGCUCAGACCUUAGAAUACAUUCACGAUGCAAGCCCACAUUGCUGCUGGAUCUUUGAGGGUGUCGCCCAUUAGCGGGCCUCGCUGUGGUGCGCCCAGUGCUUUCGUUGCUCUCCCAAAAACCCGCUUCCGCGCGUCUCCCGUGGCACGCCCCAUCCGUGCUGCGGCAGCACAAGCAGAGGCAGAUGACGAAGGCUUGACUGGCGAGUGGCCCGUGAACUGGAGUUUGGCCAGCUACGAAGAUGUUGGCGAGUUUUUCCAGAACAGCCUCUUCAAGGAUUCCGCUUCUCCCGGGAACUCCCUGAAGGACAUCAUGUCAACGGAUCUCACUUACGUGUACCCGGAAACUAAGAUUGAGGACCUGGGCCAGAUCUUCAGCAAGGUCACAGGAGUUCCCGUGGUGAAGUCGGAGUCUGACCUGACACUUGUGGGGGUCCUGUCAAAGAAGGAUUUGAGCAAAACAGGCAAGGUCGUUAGUGACAUUUGGUCGUCCCCACCAGUGGCAGCCAGAGGGGAGAACAAGGUGGCAGAUGCUGCUUGCCUCAUGCUGAAGCACAAGGUGCACCGCAUCCCUAUUGUGGACACUCAGGCCAAGCUGAUUGGUAUUGUGACGCGCACUGACAUUUUCACAGCAUUGGGGCACGAGGCAAGCCCCGGCAUUGUUUGAGUGUCAGUCUGCAGCGCUUGUUGCAACAGACUGCAGCACUUCACAGCUGCGAGGACUGGUGUCUUUGAGAUGUGCUGUCAUACCACCUGAUGUGUGUUGAGAGCGUGGUCCACCUGCUUGUUUCCUUGUUGGAUCGUAAAAACAAUGUGAGGCCUCCAGCUGUGGGCAUGCGCUUGUACAUGAGGGCAGUGCAGCAGGCUUGUACAAGCAGCCUUGAAAAUGGGAGACCACCGAGAGCUUCUCUCUAAGACUGUGCUGUUACACUCCCAUCAACAAAUUGUGGCAAGCACCUUCCUCUGGUUUUAUGCUGCUGCGUGCUUCUCCCUAUCCCUGUCGUUGAACAGACGCAUGACUCAUCUCGGAGACAUCUCGGAGACCCUCUGUGGUUGAGUGAAAGUCCUGUCAAAGUCCCAGAGAUAGACCGCUCAGUGAUAAUGUGUGUGGUCAGCCCAUUGUAACCAAAAAUUGCUUGCUCUUCGUCACAAUGGAUUGUGCUGACUUUGCUGCAUGCCUGAGCUGUUAAUUGAGCUCUGAACUAAUUGAGCAAUGAUUAAUUGAGCAUCAUC